UGUGCGUGUCUGUGGAAGCCACAGGCUCAAGCUCAGCUUCAAGAAACCAGUGGAGGGAAAAGCUGCAAGAUCUGGACUUCCAGACUUUUCUGGAGACUCAUGAUUGAGGCUUGUUUUACUUAGUGUUAAAGGAACAUGUUUUUUGGCUCAGACAAUGAUGGACGGUCCUGUGAUGGUGCUACCUUCCCAAGCUGGAGUGUGAGAAUGGCCUCCAUUGAGGGACAUCCUCAAUGGGGUGCUGGUCUAUAGUGUCCUGAGUCUUGCUAUCCAUUACGGUGCAUCUUCUAGUCAAGAUCUUGUAGAAGGAUCUCCACUGACUGGUCUACAUUUGAGUUAACCCAGAAUCUUAAAAAAGACCUCCACUGGAAGAACAUCCCGAGCUGGGCUCCUCUGAGGUGUAUCCUCGACUUGUCCCCACUGGUGUGCAUCCUAGAAGCACUGUCCAUUCUGGUUCAUCCUGGGGACUGGUUUCACUAGUAUCCCAGCCUCCAUUUGGGUGCAUCUUGUAAAGCUCUUGCAGGAAAGGAGGCUGGUAUACCAGACAUGGGUUGCACGGCUAGUGUGGUGCAGCUUCAGGCUCUUCGCUCGUUGAUGAGAGCCAACUGUGCACGGACCUGCUCGGAGCGCCAGGAACAGAUAUCCCUGGAGGUCCUGCAAUCAUUUGAUAGCGAGGUGGACAGCCGGCCACGUACCAUCAUUAUCACGCAGGAAAAGCCGAAGCUGAUCGAUCCUCUGGACUAUGAGGCUGUGAUUUCUGAGCUAGAACCAGAGCUUAAGGAGGACCCACUACAAGACCUGUUGCUCUUCCCAGACCAUGAUUUCACUGUGUCUACCCUUCCUCAGGAGAGACGAACGCAGCAAUCCACUGUGCCAGAGGGGGCAGAGGAACAGGCUGAAAGUCUGCUGGUCAGACAGGCCUGUAAGUACUACAACUCCCAGCUGCACGUGGUCGAGUAUACAUAUCAGGAGUAUGCAGGAGACUACCGCGUGCUGCCCAGGAAAUUGUACAAGGCUCAGAAAUUGCCCACCCACUCAUUCGAGAUCGACCAUGAAGAUGUAGAUAAAGAUGAGGACACGACGUCGCUGUCGUCGUCCAAAGGCGGGGGCGGAGGUGGAGGGAGUGGAGGUGGAGGGACAGGUGUCUUCAAGUCUGGCUGGCUUUACAAAGGGAACUUCAACAGCACGGUCAACAACAGCAUCACUGUUCGGUCCUUUAAAAGGAGAUAUUUCCAACUGACGCAACUAACUGACAACUCUUACAUCAUGAACUUCUACAAAGAUGAGAAAAUCUCAAAGGAGCCUAAAGGUUGCAUAUUUCUGGACUCAUGCACAGGGGUAGUUCAGAAUAACCGACUGAGGAAGUACGCCUUUGAGCUGAAGAUGAAUGAUGUGACAUACUUUGUGCUCGCAGCAGAAAGCGAGCAGGACAUGGAGGACUGGAUCAGUACAUUAAAUCGCAUCCUCCAGAUCAGCCCACCCGAGAGUUCAGCUGCUGCUCUGGACCGCAAAAGCAUGGACCUGACAGACACCAGACACGAUGUAUUUGAUCUGUCCUUGAAUAACGGCUGUCUCGCUGAAAAAGAGGAAACGACAGAAAACGGAAUCAAUCCCGAAUUAGCUAAGUACAUCUCUGAAACUGAAACGUUGGUGAGAUCAGCCAGAAGAGAAGAGAGACUGAAUUUGUUUUCCCUGGACCCUGACACUCCUGUUUUGAGGAGUCCACGAGGGGAUUGUGGGGAGCUGCCACCGGUCAAACCUUUCGAGGAGAAGCUGGGAAAGAGACUAAUAAUAUACUGCCGCUCUCUCAACCUCACACUGCAGGGCUGUGUGAACGAAGCGGAGACGGAGCCCGUCACUAACAUCGAGCCUUUCUUUGUAACUGUGGCAUUGCUGGACAUGCGAGAGAACAGAAAGGUCUCGGCUGACUUUCACGUGGACCUCAACCACGAAAUCGUACGGAAAAUGCUGAGCGGCUCGGGAAGCCCGGGCUCUCAGGGCACACCCGGAGGUCAUGGCGGAGUGCAAGAGAACGGUCUGAAGUCCCCUACAGAGAAGAGAAGUGGCGAGUGUCAGCUCAGUCAGGAACUGGAGAACUGGUUAUGCUUCCCUAAACAGGCUAUCUUCUCUAUCACAAAUCCUCACACGGAUAUCGUCAUGGUGGCCCGAAUAGAGAAAGUGCUUAUGGGUAAUAUUGCAGGUGGAACAGAGCCCUACAUUAAAAAUGCAGACAACAGCAAGACUGUUCAAAAGAUGCUGAAAUCCAACAAGCAGUUCUGUAGCAAGCUGGGGAAAUACCGCAUGCCUUUCGCGUGGUCUGUAAGGUCGGUAUUUAAGGACAACCAGGGCAUGGUGGAUCGGGAAUCUCGGUUCUCUCCUCUCUUCAAGCAGGAGAGCAAUAAGAUUUCCAAUGAAGACCUGCUUAAGCUCAUUACAGAGUACAGAAGGGCAGAGAAGACCAGUAAACUCCAGACCAUUCCCGGGAGCCUUGAGAUCAGUGUGGACUGUGUCCCAAUGGAGCAUCCAAACUCUGUGACAUCGUCGUAUGUCCCUGUGAAGCCAUUCGAAGACUGCAGUCUGCACGCUCCCACGGUGGAGGUCGAAGAGUUCCUGCAAGACUCCGCCAAAUUCGCUCGACCUUACCGAGUUUACAAGAACCACAUUUACGUCUACCCCAAACAUCUUAAAUAUGACAGCCAGAAAAGCUUUGCCAAGGCCCGAAAUAUCGCCGUUUAUGUAGAGUUCCGAAACUCUGACGAAGAGCACGCCAAACCACUCAAGUGCAUCUACGGAAAGCCAGGAGGUCCAGUUUUCACCACAGCUGCCUGCUCUACGGUCCUUCACCACUCGCAGAACCCAGAUUUUUAUGACGAGGUGAAGAUUGAGCUUCCCACACAGCUCCAUGAGAAACACCAUCUGCUCUUCUCGUUUUUCCACGUGACGUGUGAUAUCAAUGCCAAGACCAGCUCUAAGAAGAAAGAAGCUCUUGAAACUCCAGUGGGCUAUGCAUGGCUGCCACUUUUGAAGGAUGGCCGUCUGACUUCUCAGGAGUUUAAUGUGCCAGUCUCAUGCACUCUACCCAGUGGAUACCUGCUAAUUAAAGAACCUUCAUCCAAUAAGAACGGAUCAGAUGUGAAAUGGGUAGACGGAGGAAAACCUGUCUUCAAGGUGUCUACACUGGUGCUGUCUACAGUAUACACUCAGGACCCCCAUCUUAACCGGUUCUUCCAGCAGUGCCAAAAACGAGAGACAGAUCUCUCACAACCACCUACCUCAAACUUUCUCAACUGCCUGAAGGGCCUCCUUAGUAUGGAGCGGAACCAUGUAAUUAUUCGCUUCCUACCCAUCCUCUUUAACCAGCUAUUUAAAGUCCUCACUCAGAACGACUCAGAUGAGGUCACGUCUACCACCACCAGAGUCCUAGUUCACAUCCUUGCCAAGUGCCAUGAAGAAAACCUGGACCAUUAUAUGCACUCCUACAUAAAGUUUGUGUUUAAGACGGAGGCACAUGGAUUCCGAACCGUUCAUGAAGAGCUGGCCAAAGGCAUGAAUUCUGACUUGAAGAGCAACGAGCAAUCAGCUGUGAAAAACAUCCUCAAGUUUUCUUGGUUCUUUCUGGAAAUCAUUGUGAAGUCCAUGGCCCAGCACCUGGUCGAUUCAGACAAGCUAAAAGUUCCUCGGUCACAGAGGUUCCCAGGCACCUUCCAGAGCCACUUGGAGACUCUCAUCAUGACCAUGUCAGAUCACAUCUACUGGAAGAGUAAAGACAUGCCUGAGGAGACUCGCAGUGCCAGCCAGGCUAUUGCUGCCUUCGUGAAACGCUGCUUCACUUUAAUGGACAGAGGUUUUACCUUCAAGCUCAUCAGCAACUACAUCAACAUGAUCACAAACAGUGACAACAAGAUGCUUUGCGAAUUCAAGUUCGAUUUCCUGAGGGAGGUGUGCAACCAUGAGCACUAUAUCCCUCUCAGCCUGCCCAUCCCUUCUGCGCGAAUCACAGAUAACGCCUCACCGGAAACACAGAGUGCUCAGGUGGACAUGCCAGAGUACAGCCUGACUGGAGAGUUCUGCAGGAAACAUUUCCUGACAGGUCUGCUGCUGAGGGAACUCGGCUUGGCUCUCCAAGACGAACAAGACAUAAGGCACAUGGCUCUGGCCAGCCUGAAGAACCUGAUGGCCAAGCACUCCCUGGAUUCCCGUUAUGCCUCGAAGGAGAAGCAGGCCAGAAUCGCAUCUCUGUAUCUGCCUCUGUAUGGUCUAAUCCUGGACAAUAUGCCACGCUUCUUCCUCAGAGAUCUCUUCCCCAUUUACUUGAACAACAGUGACCAGGGUUCCAAAGACGAUGUGAGUGUAGGAGGACUGCCGGGUCACAGCGCUCGUCCAGGCAAUUCAGUAGACGCCUUGUCCAAGGAGGUGCUCAACUCUAUUACAGUGUUUUCGUCACUUGCUGUAUCUACGGCUAACAACACCGAUUCACGAGGCUCGCUCAUCAGCAUCGAGUCCAACCCUAGCAACAGCGACCGCAACAGCGAGAAGAUGGACGGAUGUGAAAAGUUUGCCAGACCGCAGUCGCUGAUCGGUUAUGCUUCACGCUUUGACAAACUGGACCAGGCAGAGACGCGCAGUCUGCUCAUGUGUUUCCUGCAUAUUAUGAAAACCAUAUCAGAAGAGGUCAUGGUUGCAUACUGGCACCGAGCCAUUCACCAAGAGAUUUCAGACUUCUUCAACAUCUUAGAGCUCUGUCUCCAGCACUUCAGGUUCUUGGGGAAGCGUCACAUAGCCAGGAAGUUAGCAGCUGCGGUUAAGCUGGCGCAGGCCACGCAGAACUCUGGCACUCUGAAGGGUUCGAAUGCUUCCACCCAGUCCUCAGGGCUUCUGCCCCAAUGGAUGCUGUCAGGUCAGGAUGGCCACAGACAUGCUCGUUCCCACACCAUGCCCAUUCUUCGGGGCAAGAAUGCCCUGACUAACCCCAAACUGCUGCAGAUGAUGGAAACAGAUGGAAAUUCAGCGGAGAAUGACAACUUCAACCCAACAGACGUCGAAGCCAAUCUGUCCACAGAAGUGUCCCUCACGGUGCUCGAUGUCCUGGAACUAUUUGUGCAGCACCACAAGAAACAGCUGCAGCAGGAUGAAGGUCAGAACUCUCUGAUGAAGAAAGUAUUCGACACCUACCUGCUCUUCUUCCAGAUCAAUCAGUCGACUACAACUCUUAGACACGUCUUUGCUGCAUUGCGCCUCUUCAUACAGAAGUUUCCCGGGGUGUUUUUCCAGGGGAAGGCUGACCUGUGUGGCUGUCUGUGCUAUGAGAUACUGAAAUGCUGUAACCAUCGCUCCAGUAGCACGCAGACCGAAGCCGCUGCCCUUCUUUACUUCCUCAUGAGGAAGAAUUUUGAGUUCACCAAGGGCAAGUGUAUCGUCCGUUCUCACCUCCAGGUCAUUAAAGCUGUGAGUCAGCUGAUUGCAGAUGCAGGUAUAGGAGGCUCACGUUUCCAGCAGUCUCUGGCCAUUAUCAACAACUUUGCCAACGGUGAUGCACCUCUUAAAAACACGACGUUCCCGGCUGACGUGAAGGACUUGACGAAGCGAAUCCGUACCGUCCUGAUGGCCACGUCGCAAAUGAAGGAGCACGAAAAGGACCCGGAGAUGCUGGUAGACUUGCAGUACAGUCUUGCCAACUCGUACGCCAGUACCCCUGAGCUACGACGCACCUGGCUAGAAAGCAUGGCCAAGAUCCACGUCCGGAAUGGAGACCUGUCUGAGGCUGCCAUGUGCUACAUCCAUAUCUCUGCCCUCAUAGCAGAGUCACUGAAGAGGAGAGGUUACUGGAAGCCUGAAAAGGCACGGAUCUCAAGCGCGGGCACAGAGGAGGCCAAUGUAAUUAACUGUUGCCCUUUACUAACCCCUCAAGAAGGAGAAACAUCCUUCAGUAUGGGCUGGCCUGCAUUUAUGAACCUCACCCCCAACGUGCAGGAGGAAGGAGCCAUGAAGGAGGACACUGGCACCCAGGAUACACCUUACACCGAGGACACACUGGUGGAGCAGCUCGAGCUGUGUGUGGAUUAUCUGUGGAAGUCUGAAAGGUACGAGCUCAUAGCAGAUAUCAAUAAGCCCGUCAUCGCCGUCUUUGAGAAGAGACGAGAUUUCAAGAGGCUGUCAGAACUCUACUACGAUAUUCACCGCUCGUAUCUGAAAGUGAACGAGGUUGUGAACGCUGAGAAGCGUCUGUUCGGUCGAUACUACCGUGUGGCUUUCUAUGGACAGGGAUUCUUCGAAGAGGAGGAGAGCAAGGAAUUUAUCUACAAAGAGCCGAAGCUCACAGGCCUUUCGGAGAUUUCUCAGAGGCUCCUGAAACUCUACUCCGAUAAGUUCGGAGCGGACAAUGUCAAAAUGAUCCAAGACUCCAACAAGGUAAAUCCCAAAGAUCUGGAUCCUAGAUUCGCCUACAUUCAGGUCACGUACGUGGUGCCGUACUUCGAUGAGAAGGAGCAACAGGAAAAGAAGACUGAUUUUGAGAGGAAUCACAACAUCAAUCACUUCGUCUUCGAGACACCUUUUACUCUUUCUGGCAAGAAGCAUGGCGACGUGGAGGAACAGUGCAAGAGGCGAACCAUCUUGACCACGAGCUCCAUGUUUCCGUACCUGAAGAAACGGAUCCAGGUGGUGAAGCAGCAGAGCACAGAGAUGAACCCCAUCGAGGUGGCCAUCGAUGAGAUGAGCCGCAAAGUGUCUGAACUCAACCAGCUCUGCAAGAUGGACGAGGUGGACAUGAUCCGGCUGCAGCUCAAGCUUCAGGGCAGUGUCAGUGUGAAGGUAAACGCAGGACCAAUGGCCUACGCUCGAGCAUUUUUUGAGGAGAAAAAUGCAAAGAAAUACCCAGACAACCAGGUCAAGCUGCUCAAAGAGAUCUUCAGGCAGUUUGCAGACGCGUGUGGUCAGGCUCUGGACGUGAACGAGCGGCUGAUAAAGGAAGACCAGUUGGAGUACCAAGAGGAAAUGAGAGUUCACUACAAAGAGAUGCUGAUCGAGCUCUCGGCCAUUAUGAACGAACAGAUCCCACAUGGAAGACAGUCUGUGGUCGAUCGACCCAACGCCUUCUGAGCUGCCCACUCAGCGUCCAGGAAAAUGAGGUUUUUUAGUUGUUUGGCUUUUUUUUUUUUUUUUUUUUUUUUUACCCCAAGAACCUUGACAGUGUUAAUGUCAAUAUAAACCUUGAGAACAUUGAGAGGAGGAAAUUUAUGAACUGAAAAACAGAAGGCUCAGGAAGAGCGAGACAUGGAAAAGGUUACAGUCCUGUGGAUGAUCCAGACCAGGCAGCUGCUCUGUUUUUGGUUGUGAAGGACACAGUAUGACUUUAUUUUUUUCCCCUGUACUUCCUGUACUACCACACGUACAUGCACACACAGACACACUCCUCUUAUAUACACUCAAAUUCACAUAUGCCUUCUCUCCUAGAACCCUGUUCCUCUAGAAUACAGUGACCUUAAUUAGCUUGAGGUGUGUUCAACUACACAAGACUUUCUUGCUAUCUUAUUAGAGGGCUCUUUUACAUCACUGAAUCAGACCGUGAACAUUUCGAACAUUUACUCGAUCGGCCGUUUUUAGGAAUCGAAAGGUAUCAUCGUUAUCAUGUUGCGUUUUUUUUUUUUUUUUUUUUUUUUUUUUUUAGUGUAUCCCGAGAUAGUCUUGUUGAACACACCUCUAGUUUGUGUUGAAUGUAGACAUGCUCAAAAUAGCACCAUUGUAUCCUAACAUUCACAAAUCUGCGCAACUCUCACAUUUUGGAAACAGAAAUUUACUGUUUUAUAACGUUUUUAUGACGCAAAAUGUGUUAUUAUGUCAUGUACUGUUUUAAAUUUGUAUAUAAGAAUUAUUAAUAUUUAAAAUGUUUUGUUUUAUAUAUAUAUAAAUAUAUUAAAAAAAAAAACAAUAUAUGAUCUCUGUUGUUUUGAUAAAUUAAAGAAAAAUUCAAUGAAAUUUGUCUUUUAUGGUUGUUUGGUUAAACUAUUGCAUUUGCUAUAACUUUAAACCUCAACACAAAAGGAUUCAUAUUUUUAUUCAUGUUUAAUAUUUGAUAAAAAAGUAAGCUGAUUGGAUUAUUAAUGCACUGUGAAACAAAGUCUUUAUCAGUGACGUACACUGUCUUUUUCUUUUUCUUGUGACAACCAAGGUUAUUUCCCUUGAUCAAGUAGCAGUAACAUAUUAGCGUUACAGCUUUGUGACCAGUGGCACGGUCAUAUAUCCAUACUGUGGUGAUUCUCUGAGCUGCGAAACAUUUAGGCGAAAACAUUAUGUGAAAUCCAUGGAGAUGUCCAGAUCCCUCACAUUGUCAGGCAACGAAACUGACCAACCGUUCUGCACUCACUUUAAAGUCCAGGACAGUUUAGAUUUCUGAGUGAUACUGUUGAUUCAAAGACUUUAACAGGAUUUACCAAACCAUCAACCAUUUUUAUCCACAAACUAACAUGUGAUCGAGGAAUGUGACCUGAAUUUAAAUGGGAAAUCAUCUCCCUCAGAAAUGUGGUUGCUAAAUCCUUCCUCUUCUAAUGCUUCAUACUGUAGGUUUAUAGACACCGUUUAUUUUUUGGUGCCUGGUGCUGUAACUGAUCUAGGAUCAAACCUGUAAUUUACAUCUGUAUUACUCAGGCCACCUCAACCAAUUUUCCAUCUCAAUGUUGCAAUCGAGGCGCUUCGUCUGCGGCUAUUAUCCAGCUGUGUGCUGUUAAUUUCCUCCGCCUUUCCCGGAGACGGUGUAAUUAUAGAUAAUUGCCAGGCUUUUCAGUCGCCCGG